ACAUUAUUUUCAUUUUUGGGUGAACUAACCCUUUAAGAUGACAGACUAUAAUAAACAUAAGUUCACUUUGAAAGAAUGAUGACUCUCAAAAUCUUUCACACUUAGAGGUUACAUAAUAAAAGUCACUAGAACUUUAGCCUUUAGCAUGUCAUAAAAAAAUCCAAUAGGCAACAGUUUGUUUUCAAUCUUUUAGAUGCCACAGGCCCCCAAAUAAAAAUAAACACCCAAUUUAUACACUGAAAAAUAAAUUUUGUAAAUCUAAAAUUAGUUUCUAUUAAGUUGUUUUCUACUCACUAUAGUAAUGUACAUUUAAACACUUUUAUUUAAUUUUAAUAUUUUUAUAUUUAUUUUAAUCUAAUAGAUUAAUAAAUAUUUUUUAUUUUACACACAAUCAUAGUAUAAUCACAUUUUUACUUAUUUAUUUUAUAAACUCCUGGUCUAAAUAAAAGGUUUCCUCUUUUAAUUAAUGUGGCCAGAAGAGGACGCUGUCACACCUCAAGUGCUAAACUAUUUGAGCCUAACCAUUAUUUAUGCUGCCAUUUUUUCCACCCUAACCACAACUUUUCACUGUUUCUGGAAACAUGAUCCAUCUGCAAGCUUAUAAGAUCAUCCACACUGACCUCAAAGAGCAGAAACCAAUGCUUUAGGAGAUUUGAUAAUCACACAGAGUUACAGAUUUUCUUCAUUUUCAUCUUGUUCUACCCGUUUUUUAUAUUCUUUCAUACAUCUCUAAAAAAAUGUCCAAACAUCAAGGCAACAAACAAAUGGAGUUGAGAGCGGUGCUGCUUGGAAGGCGUCAUUCUGGGAAGACGUCAGUGAUCAACACUAUACUGGAAACCUGUGAAACAGAAGCUAAAGGAUCCGCAGAUAAUGUGAAGAGAGAGGGAUUUAUUGAUGGCAGGAGAGUCAGUCUGGUUGACACUCCCGGCUGGUGGAAAACUUUCAGUCUGAAUGAUUUAUCAAACAUCUCCAAACAGCAGCUGGUUCGCAGGAUGUCUCUGACUUCACCCGGACCUCACGCUGUCAUGAUUGUGAUUCGGGCUGAUUGCACAUUUACCGACUCUGAUAGGAAGUUUUUGGAGGACUAUGUGGAGCUGUUGGGUCCGAAUGUCUGGACUCACACCCUCGUAAUCUUCACAAGAGGAGAUUUAAUUAAACAAGAACACGUAAAGCAACAUAUUUAUGAAUCGUGGUCAGCGCUCAAGCGACUUGUUGAAAAAUGUGAAAAUAGAUAUCACGUUUUUAAUAAUUCAAACCAUCAUGACCGAACCCAAGUCACAGAGCUUCUCAAGAAAAUUGAAGAAAUUGUUGGGAAGAAUAACGGCAAGCACUUUGACAUUGACCUGGAAAAAGUAAAGGAGGUCAAUGAAGAGUGGGAGGAAAUUCAGAUGAGAGCGAGUUCUAGAAAAUCCAGAGUACAGAAGCUUCGGUCAAUAGUUCAAGAAAAAGCAUAUGUACGUCGUCUUGAGGAGAUCAGAGUUGUUUUGCUGGGAUGGAUCCUAUCUGGAAAGAGCUCAGCUGGAAACACCAUCUUGAACACGGAUGAAUUUGACAUAGGAGGAAGAACCGGAAAAGGAAAAAGAGGUUUCGGAGACGUAGAUGGAAGGAAGAUGACCGUUUUGGACACUCCAGGCUGGUGGAAGUAUUUUGCAUCAGAGCUCAACCCAGACUUUAUUAGAUCUGCGAUCUUAGAAAAUGUUUCAGAGUGUAAGAAAUUCCCUCACGCCAUGCUGCUCGUGAUUCCAGCAGAUACAUCAUUUCAAGAAGAACAAAAGAGAAUCAUUGAGAAAAAUGUGUCUAUAUUAGGAGAAGACGUCUGGAGACACACCAUAGUUCUGUUCACAUGGGGCGACAGAUUUAAAGACAUAUCAAUCGAGCAUCACAUUGAGAGUGAAGGUGACGCCCUCCAGUGGCUGAUUGAGAAAUGCAGGAACAGAUAUCACGUCUUUGACAACUCAGACAAGGAGAACAGAGAUCAAGUCACAGAGCUGCUCCAGAAGAUCGAUGAGAUGGCGGCAGAAAACAGUCUGUUUCGUUUCAAAACACAGAAGAACAGUGAUCCAGAGAAAAGCCUUCAGAGAACUGACAAACAUGAGGAUCUGAUGACAGAGUUCAAACUGAAGGAUGUCUGCCAUUUUCUAAAUGAGGGCUUUAAGAGAAAAACUGAAGAGAUAAGAGAGAAGAUAGAAAACUUAUGCAUGGAUAUCAUGGAAGAACGUCUUAACCUUGAUGAAUGUGACAGCAUGAGUUCUCCUCUUGACUGUAUGGUUUUACUCAAUUUUGUGUUCUCAGAUAUAAUUUCUGAAGAUGUUUCUCUUAUUUAUGUUCAACAUUUUGUUUCAUUUGUAGUUCAGGAUGAACUUUCUAAUUCCCUAAAAGAAGUGACCAUUCCACCUCAACAGGAAAACUUUCCUGAGCCGAUUAAAACACUUCUGGAGAGAGAGUUCAGCAGAUGGGAAAGCUUUGUCCAGGAAAGUUUGCUGGACAUUAAAUCAUCAUUUGAGCUCUCUCAGGCCGAAAAGCUUCAAAUGACAAAAAAUUCUGUGGAGAAAUGGCUACAGAACUGCCGCCAUUAUGUUGAACAUACUGUUGAUAAAAUACAAGCUCCCAGAAUCAGGGACCUGGACACUGAAGAUACAUUGAUCUACAGUGAAGAUACUCAAUGAUGUGGUCUGUUUGUGUGUGUGUGUGUGUGUGUGUGUGUGUGUGUGUGUGUGUGUGUGUGUGUGUGUGUGUGUGUGUGUGUGUACAUACAUAUUUACUGUGUUUAAACCUUUAGUAAACCAGCACUUUAUAAAAAACCUGCUAUUUAUUCAGAUUUUCUGCAUUUUCUAAUUUUAUUCUACUCUUCAUCUGUUGUGAAUUUUAUCAAGAAUGUACCUCUAAAAUAAAAUCUAGCUAUAGCA